AUGGCGAUGAGCAUUGAAACUACAUUCCAGGCUGGAGAUAGAAACAUACUUUUUGGGCAAAUGAAAAGGUGGCAGACAAUGAAAAAUCAACUCGUAUCUUCAAUUCGAAUUUACAAAAACACAAUCUAUCUUGAUUCGCAUCCAUCGCGAGAGGAGUGUAUAGGGUCAAAUCGUGUGUUUCCAAGUCAGCAUACUCUUGACGCCUCGAGAUCGAGUCCCGGUGUGAAUGCUGCCGCUGCUGCUGGAGCUGCUGGGCUGGAGCGAAUCUCUCGAUCAGACCGGGUGAUAGUGCAUUUGUGGGACACGUGGCACACUCAGACGUAG